AGAAUUUGUAAAAAAAUCCAUUCUGUUGUCUAACAUUGUGGUAUAACUUGGUGAUGAGAAUGGUAAAAGUGCAACAUAGACAUUGGAACAAUUGGACUAUAUAUUGUAUUUUAAAGGCCAUUUGAUAUACUUUUGAUUCAUAGUCAUAGUUAAAAAUUAUAUUUUGUUUGUAAUGUAAAUUUUUUAAAACAAUUAUAAGCUGCAGAGUCAUCAACCAUAUUGUUCUAGAUGGAUCCUUUUAAACUGUUAUCUUGCAAUAUUUGGUUCUUUUCUGGUAUGUGGGUUCAUUUUACAGAGACAACCGUGUAAAUUUGUGAAUAGUUUCAAAAUAAAUGACGAAACUCUCAUUCAAAAUGGUCAAUUUACUAUUGCUACAUAUAUUUUACCCAACAAUUAAACCUUUCAAUCAAUUAAAUAAUUACUUGAAUUCAUGUUUAUUUCAGUUAAAUGCAGCUGUAACUCAGAGUAACAGCUCAUUUACCUUUAAAAAAAUUUAAAAUUCUAAAUUAAAGUUAAAAUUAAAUAAUUGCAAUCAAAAGAUAUAUUUCUGAUUAUUCCUCUUUGAACAGAGCGUGGAUCACACUUCUUGCAAGCCUCAUUGUAUUGAGGUGGGGCUAAGAUGAGCAUAACCAGCGAUGAAGUGAAUUUCUUGGUUUAUCGUUACCUCCAGGAGUCAGGUUUCUCCCAUUCCGCAUUUACAUUUGGAAUAGAGAGUCAUAUUAGCCAAUCCAACAUAAAUGGAACAUUAGUGCCACCUGCUGCCCUUAUCUCUAUACUUCAGAAAGGCUUACAAUAUGUGGAAGCAGAGAUAAGCAUCAAUGAGGAUGGUACAGUGUUUGAUGGCAGACCUAUAGAAUCAUUAUCUUUGAUAGAUGCAGUAAUGCCUGAUGUAGUGCAAACUCGGCAGCAGGCUUUCAGGGAGAAAUUAGCACAGCAGCAAGCUAGUGCAGCAACAGCUGUAGCUACAAUAGCAACAGGAACAGCAGCCACAACUACUACAACAGCCACAGCAACAACUAUUGCUGUCUCACAGCAAAAUACACCAAAGACUGGAGAAGCCACUGUGAAUGGAGAGGAGAAUGGGGCGCAUGCAAUAAAUAAUUACUCAAAACCAAUGGAAAUCGAUGGGGAUGUUGAAAUUCCUUCUAACAAAGCAACAGUUCUUCGGGGUCAUGAAUCAGAGGUGUUCAUCUGUGCCUGGAAUCCUGUCAAUGAUCUACUAGCAUCAGGAUCUGGUGAUUCCACUGCCAGAAUAUGGAAUCUUAAUGAAAACAGCAAUGGUAGUUCCACACAACUAGUUUUGAGGCACUGUAUAAGAGAAGGAGGGCAUGAUGUUCCCAGCAAUAAGGAUGUAACAUCACUAGACUGGAAUAGUGACGGAACACUCUUGGCUACUGGAUCAUAUGAUGGCUUUGCAAGAAUAUGGACAGAAGAUGGAAAUCUUGCAAGCACCUUAGGGCAACAUAAAGGGCCCAUCUUUGCUCUAAAGUGGAACAAAAAGGGAAAUUACAUUUUAAGUGCAGGUGUUGAUAAAACAACAAUAAUUUGGGAUGCUCAUACAGGUGAAGCUAAACAACAGUUUCCUUUCCACUCAGCCCCAGCCCUGGAUGUAGACUGGCAAAACAAUACUACCUUUGCAUCAUGCAGCACUGAUAUGUGCAUACAUGUAUGCAGACUAGGUUGCGAUCGUCCAGUCAAAACCUUUCAAGGCCACACGAAUGAGGUCAAUGCAAUUAAAUGGGAUCCUUCUGGUAUGCUUCUAGCAUCCUGCUCAGAUGAUAUGACGUUAAAGAUUUGGAGUAUGAAACAAGACACUUGUGUACAUGACCUUCAAGCACAUAACAAAGAGAUUUAUACUAUCAAAUGGAGUCCAACAGGACCAGGUACCAGCAACCCAAACUGCAACAUUAUGUUGGCAAGUGCUUCAUUUGAUUCUACUGUUCGGUUGUGGGAUGUAGAAAGAGGUAUCUGCACUCACACAUUAACAAAACAUCAAGAACCUGUUUACAGUGUAGCUUUUAGUCCUGAUGGAAAAUAUUUAGCAAGUGGAUCCUUCGACAAAUGUGUUCAUAUAUGGAAUACCCAGAGUGGGACUCUAGUACAUAGCUACAGAGGCACUGGUGGAAUAUUUGAAGUCUGCUGGAAUGCUAGAGGAAACAAAGUGGGAGCCAGUGCUUCAGAUGGAUCGGUGUGUGUUCUAGACCUGCGAAAGUAAAUAUUUUAGAAGAAACUGCAAAUGAACCAGCAUUCAGUGUGGAGGUAGAAGCACUCUUCGAACAUACUGUUUAAUAUCUCUAGAAUGGCAAAAACUGGGGGAAACAGAAGCAGAACUAAACAAAUAAUGCAUUUCUCCCAGGCAAAAGAAGCUUGCAAUGUUUUGUCCAUCAAACUUCACCAAGGUUUUAAAACAGAAUCACUUAGGGAGGCAGGAUUUGUCCACUAUGAACCUACAGCCUUUGGAGGCAAGCAAGAAGGUGACCAUCAACAGCUAAAUCUGCUGUUUGCUGGGGUCAAAUUGCUGAGAUCUCAUUUUGACAGCUGCUAAAAAGAAGAAGAAAAGCUGUGCCAAAACCAAUAACAAUUAAAAGGAAAACAAAAUCUAUGAAGCAAAAUGCUUUGAUAAACCAAAAUGGGGAAAAAUCUUCUCUAUAUGGUAUUGCAUUGUUUUUCUUUCUAGUUUGGACACUACAAUUGCUCUCCCAAAGAACAUUCAAAAACCAGUUUGUAUUGACGAUACAUUCAAAUUUGUAAUCCCAACACUUUGUAUUUCCUAGACUACUCUUAUUUGUUCAGUGAUUUUUUGUCUUAUCAGCUGGAACGUUACAGCCUUGACAAUAACAGGCAUAGGUUCAAACUGAAUGUCUUUCUCUUUCUUUCUUUCUCUUUCUUUCUUUCUCUUUCUUUCUUUCUUUCUUUCUUUCUUUUUUUCUUUCUUUCUUCUCCAACUUUUUGCUUUGUCCUUUCCAUUUGUGCCUAGUUAAUGCAGAAGGCAGAUGGGCAUCAUUAGUGACUGCUUCUGUUUUCCUUCUUUCCCCCCCCCCCCAUCUUUUCCUCUUUUGUUUAUCCUCUGAUUCUGCUACUUCUUUAAAUGUUUCCAUGCUUCAGAUCUUGAAAUCUGAAGGGCACUUUCAAUAAACUGUGUAUUAAGUGCUUUAGGUGCCGGGGAAAGCUUUUUACAGAAGAAAUAUUACUUUUUUAAAAAAGAAACAGCCCUGUGUAUUUUUGGAAUAAGAAAUAAAAGUCUUGGUAUUUUCAUGUUAAAAUACAAUUUUAGAAACUUAAAAUAUCUAACAGAUGUGGAUUGCAUUGUGUUCCAUCAUUUUAAAGAACAAUUCAGAUGAAUCCCUAUUUAAAGAUGCAGUAUCUUUUUUAAUCUUCAUGAAAGGCAGUUUGCUAAAGAACAGUUUAGCCUAUACUUAUUUUUAAAAGAUUCUUUAAAUUAAUCAUGCAAGUGGUAAAAUAUUCCAUGGCAUAAAUUCAUUAACAUGUUAUAACAUGACAGAAUAUUAAAACAUAAUUUCAGAAUUAUAAACUUCAAAACAUAGUUUGAAUUAUUUAAAAAAAAAAUCAUGACUUUUUAAAGGAAAAAUAUUACCAUUGGUGUACCGUAAUUCUGCUUUUAAAUAUAAUUUUGACUUUACUUAAAGUUAUGAAAGAAUUAAUCUUAACAUUUCAUAUUGUUUUGAAAUACUAUUUAUUUACAAAUUAUACUAGAGAUAUUUGACAGAUAGAACAGAUUUCAUUAUUUUUAUUUUUCAAAUACUAUCUCACCCCAAGAUAUCAGGCUUGAGUGCAUUAAACUCAAUGAAGUUCACUUCUAAGUAGACAUGGAUAAUAUUACUGUUUAAGACAAUACUUUAAAUCUGGCCUCAAAUCAACAAUAACUGGAUAGUGAGGCAUAUAAAUAUAAUAAAUAAACUACAAUCACAAUUGGGACUAGAAUUUCCAUUGCGAAGCAAGACGGUUGUUAAGUAGUUCUAAUAAUAUAUUUUGCCACAGUUGUUAAGUGAAACAUUGCAGUUGUUAAGUAAAUCAUAUGGCCAUUAAGUGAAUCUGUCUUUCCCCAUUGACUUUGCUUGUCAGAAGACAGCUGACCCCGAGACACUGCUAUCCUACAUGCCAGUUGCUAAGCGGCUGAAGUAGGGAAGCUAUGAUAGUUGUAAGUGCAAGGAAGUAAGUUACUUUUUUCAGUGCCAUUGUAACUUUGAACGGUUGCUAAAUAAAUGAUUGUAAGUAGAGGACUACAUGUAUUGUAAUAUAAAAAUGAUAAAACAUUAUUACAUCCUCCCCAUAACCAAUUCUGGAAUAGAAUUCUGGACAUUCUAUUUGAAUUUAGACUUAAUUGAGAUACAUGUGAACUAAUGGGAUGCUACAUCUUUAAUAUGGUAAACAGGGUUCCUGUGUGUGGAAUCAAAAUAACCUUUAUUGUCAUUUGUCAUUUUUUUACUGUAGGCACAACGGCGCACAUCAAAAUGCCUAAUAUUUCUAGAGUUCCACAAAGAUUUUUUCUUAAUAUAAGAAAUUGCAUUUUUAUUUUUUUUUAAUUUUAAAACAAACUGUAAUUUUGGGCCUGAGAGAUGUGCACUUUUUUUUUUUUAGAGUUUUCUUUUCCUUGUUUUUCUUUCUUUCCUUCUUUCUUUCCUCUCCAAAUUAUAUUUUCAUCCAUUCACUGAUAGUCUAAAUUUUGGCUUCUGAAGUGUUAUUGUCUGUGUCAGACUUGAAGCCAGGCUUGGUUCUCAUAUCAGCAUUUCACAGAUUCUAUUCAAACAUCUCCCCUUGUCCAUUUUCUCUCUAUACCCAUCCCCUCUUACACGGACACACACACAAACUGCACUCACUUUCUUUCAGCAAAUCACCCUGUGUGUUGUAAUUCAUUUGUUCUAGAAGAAAAUCAAGAGAUCAUGUUCAGUGUCUUGAAUAAAUUGCUAUAUUUUGAUAUUAGAA